AACUGAGCAGCUUUUAAUCAUUGGCUACAGGAAUUCAAGGUUGGAGGAGUAGCGGGAGGGAUUAAAGUCUUUGAACUGCAAAGCUACAUAUCCACUCUGAUCUGCGGCGAGGGCCCUGCUGUUGCUCUCUGGGAUAUCGCACUGAUCGCUGCACAGCGGCACAGGAGCCAGGCGAGAGUCCAUGGUGCCCACAUUUCUCUCGGAGCGCGGCGUGAGGGAUGAAGCUUCGCCAUGGGUCUUAUGGAGUUUUACCUGGAGAUUGAUCCGGUCACCCUAAAUCUCAUCAUCCUCAUCGCCAGCUACGUGAUCCUGCUCCUGGUCUUCCUCAUCUCCUGCAUCCUCUACGAUUGCCGUGGCAAGGACCCCUCCAAGGAAUAUGUAUCAGAGCCUCCAGCCCCACAGCAGCAGUCUCCCAUCCGGCUCGUGGUGAUGCAGAAUUCUCCAGCAUCAUCCCGCUACAAUGAGCAGAACAACACAGCUGCCACCAACUAUGUGCCACCCACCCCGACCUGCGUGAGAAGAGAAGCACGCUGGUAUAAAUGGCCAGCAUAUCAAAUGGAUAGGAUAAACUGCUGCUGAUAUUGAAUUUUCCAUGUUUUUUUUCCUCCUUUUUUUACUUUCCACUAUGGGCAAUAUUUUACCUAGAUCCAAAAUUUGGAUGUAAGAAGGACACCAUCCCAUAAUCCAGGUCACACAAUAAGAAUGACCAUCAAAGAAAUUGAAUCAAUGCUGCUUUUGGACUCAGAGAUUGAGGCUGGCUCACAGCUUUGGUGGGAUUGUGAGUUGAAAUCGCAAGUGGCUGUCUACAUUUGCCAAUAUGUCUUUAGAUACAUAUCAGGACACUGUCUAAAUAUGUGCAUAUGCGUAUGUACAUAUUGUUCAUGGGUUAUAAGAUUAGGCGUGCUGUUUCUGUAAAAUUUCAACCUAGUGUUGCAUAUUCCUGUGUACAGAAUACUGUAUUAUAUUUCUGAAUUGGGGAAUGAACAGCACAAACCAUUGUUAAAGGAAUUCUGCACUGCAUCAACGCCAUCAUUCUCCUUCAGAAAAGGGUGAGUGUGUGAAAUGUUCAUAAUCUGAUACCAGUGGCCCGAACGCAAGCAAGUGUUAGAGGGUAUUCAGAGUGACUGCUCUUCUCACUCUAACCUCUUAUGUGCAGUGAUGUUGGGAAACCGACUUGAGCACUUCUGGAUGCCUCCAAUUUAUUGCUAUUUGCUAAUUACAAUCAUUAGCAGCCUCUAUUUGGAAUACUAUAAUGUACUGUAAUAGGUACCUGCUUAUAGACUGGGUAAAUAAAGCUGAAUUAUAUAUAAAACAUAUUGAAUUAAAUAUGAUAAGUACAGGAAUAAAUAGAUUAGGUAAAAAUAGCUAAAUAAUCAAAAUUACACAAGGAGCAAAUGUAAGUUGAACUUGAAAUGUCUGAAUAAAAGCUGUUUCACAUUA